AUGUUGCUCACGACCCUGCUCGCCUCUCUUUCCCUCGUGGCAGCCUCCCCGCUCCCCUUCGCCCAGCAACGAAACCACACGCUCGAGCCGCGCAACCCCGAGCAAAGGGACGCCCUAACAGGCGUCACGACGCUACACUCCAAACUGCCGCUGGGCACAAACUUCUGUCUCGACGAAGACGUCCCGGGGGGCUUUGUGCAACUUUGGGAAUGCCACGCGGGGGUGAACCAGCAGUGGCGACUUGAGAAAGGUGAGGAGGGUGGAUACGGAUCGUUGUCUGCAUUUCGUGGCGCCUGCCGGAUUCUCGCUUCACCUCCGUUCGACCCUCCACUCGGGCCUCCGUUAGGGCCUCCGUUAGGGCCUGCGGACCUCACGUCGAAACCCCAGCUUACCCCAGGUUCCGGAGACCACUACGACAUCGCCUCCGAAUACGUCCUCCCCCUCACGCUCGCGCCCUGCGACACAGCAGCGCGGUUUACAUGGCAAGACGAGAGUCUGUGCGCCUUCAUCGGCAACGGGGUAGACUACUACGUUAAGAACGGGCGCGACUAUGGAUUCUGCGUCUCGCCCGCUAACGCCGAGGAGUCCGGCAUGACGAAUGGAGACAGGCUCGCCGUGAAAUCGGACCCGGGGUACAGGAUGAAGUUUGACACGACGUUGGCGCAUGCUGAUGCGAGGGGUUAUACAGCUGGACAGAUCGACCCUGUAGAGCGGUAG